CAAGGCGCCCCGUGCCUUGUCAUGGCCAGGACACAACCAACAUGCCCUCUACCGAGCUGGUGCGGAGACGGACUCGUCGCCUUACAACUUGAGACGUGUGCGCUUGGCGACGCAGAGGGCCUCCCCAAAGGCAUUAUCAUUACCCCAAAUGGCGUUUGUUGCACAGGGUGUGACUGAACAUCACGCCUUUGGAGCGGCCGCCCACGCCAAAAUGUCUGAGGCAGGGUGUUCGUGUCACCCCAGGCCAUCACGGGUAUUCAAAAAUAAGAGCUACCUACCAUGUAACGUCAUCUGGAACGCAACUCGCCGAGAUCCCCAUAAAUCAUUCUACCAACCACGCUCUCGGGAGGAGGGGCGGGUUGGAUUGACGAACGACGGGUACAGAUGCAAGACUAGGCCAAUGGCAUCACCAACGCUGCAGUCAAGUGCCUUCCACCACCGCGGGCGCCAAACCCGGGUUUCACCUGGGCUCUAUCAACACCGAAACGGGAGGCAGACUGCAUUGAUGCGGCGUUCUGCCGAAGUCCAAGAUCCCCCGGGUGCUAUCGACGCUACGGCGGAGUUCACAAGCGCCGCCGCGAAUAAACCGCGUAUGCCCGAGAUAAAGCAUCCAUAACCUCCACGAAUUGCUGGUGCCGGACGAUAAGAGCUGCAAGAGCUUCGUGUUCUCCAGCCAUGAGCUCGCCCAG